AUGAGCCCUGAGAAUCAGCUGUCCAGCACUGAUUUCAUUCUUCUGGGACUGUUCUCUUCCUCCCACAGCAGCCUGGUCUUCUUCUCCUCUCUGUUCAUUGUUUUCAUCCUGACUGUCACAGAAAAUGCCUUCCUGAUCCUCUUCAUCCACAGGGACUCCUGGUUACACUCUCCAAUGUACUUCCUCCUCAGCCACCUCUCCUUCAUGGACAUCUUGCAUGUUUCCAACAUCAUCCCCAAAAUGAUAACCAACUUCCUGUCUGGCACCAGAACUAUCUCCUUUGCAGGCUGUGGAUUCCAGAUCUUCCUGUCCCUGGCCCUGCUAGGUGGCAAGUGCCUUCUCCUGGCUGCCAUGUCCUAUGUUUGCUAUGUGGCCAUCUUCCACCCCCUACACUAUUCCGUGCUCAUGAGUGACAGUGUUAAUGUGCUCCUGGCCGUGGGGUCCCUCAACUCCAUAGUCCACACAGCCAAUGUGCUCCACUUUCCCUUCUGUGAACCUAGGGUGGUCAAUCACUAUUUCUGUGAAAUUCCUGCCAUAUUGAAGUUGUCCUGUGUGGACACAUCACACUAUGAACAAGGACUUGAUGUAAGUGGCAUUAUUUUCCUGUUGAUCCCUUUCUCCAUGAUCUCUGUAUCUUAUGUCAAAGUUUUGCACACUGUCUUGCAAACCAAAUAUUCAGAGGCCUGGAAAAAGUCCUUUUCCACCCGUUCUUUCCACAUGGUUGUGGUCAUCAUGUACUAUGGGCCCUAUAUUUUCACAUACAUGAAAGCCAAAUCCUACCACAUUCCAGGCCAGGAUAAGUUCCUGGCCAUAUUCUACACCAUCCUCACGCCCACCCUCAAACCUGUCAUCUACAGCUUCAAGAAUAAAGAUGUUCUGAAGGCCAUGAAAAUUAUGCUCAAAAGUAAUUUUCAUCAUAAAAAUUAG